AUGUCCGAGCCCAUCGUCCCUCCCAAGGUCCCCAAGACCUACUCUGAACUCCCCGUGCGCCACAUUCGCAUCAAGAACCAUCCCGAGAACGCGCCAGGCGUCACUCCCAUCCAGAUCGUCGAGCUCUACCGCCCUGGUAAGCAUAAUGCGUUCACGUACGAGAUGGCUGCCGACAUUGUGCGGACCUGGGACACGUUUGCCGUCGACGACCGUGUUAAGGUCAUUGUCCUCGCGGGCGAGGGCAAGAUCUUCUGCGCUGGCGCCGACCUCUCGGGCGCGUUCCAACGCUCUGACGACGACAUCAACGGACACCGUGACACUGGAGGUCAGGUCGCCCUCGCGAUCUACCGCUGCCCGAAGCCCACGAUCGCUGCUAUGCAGGGUGCCGCUGUCGGAGUGGGUGUCACGAUGACUCUGCCGGCCACGAUCCGCGUGGCGUGGAAGGACGCCAAGGUUGGAUUCGUCUUCUCGCGCCGCGGCCUCGUCAUGGAGGCGGCUUCCUCCUACUUCCUCCCGCGUUUGAUCGGCAUGUCCCGCGCCUUGCACCUCGUGACGACCGGCGCCGUCUACCCCGCCAGCUCGAAGCUGUUCGACGGCCUCUUCUCCGAGCUCCUCGACACGCCUGACCAGGUUCUCCCCCGCGCCCUCGAGAUUGCCGAGGAGGUCGCUGCCAACUGCUCCAGUGUCUCCAUCGCGCUCAUGAAGGAGAUGAUGUACCGCGGCACCGACAGCCCGGAGGCGCAGCACCUCCUCGACUCGAAGCUCAUCUUCGACCUCUACGGCACGCCCGACAUCAAGGAGGGCGUCGCGAGCUUCCUCGAGAAGCGUCCUGUCAAGUUCACUGGCACACUCGCAGCCGACGCGCCCGUGCACUACCCCUGGUGGAACACCGUGGACGUGCGCACCCGCAAGCAGGACAAGCGCGCCGCCAAGCUCUAA